AUGGCACGCGUACAACACAAUUACUACGUCAACGUUGGCGGCGGCGGCGGUGGUGGCCGCGGUGUCAAGAAAAACAACAACAACAACAACAAGAAGAAGGGCGGUGGUGGCGGUGGUGGCGGUGGUGGAGGUGGUGAUGGUGGCGGUGGUGGGCGUAAGGCCCGUAAGCAAGACCAGUGCUUUCUCUGUCGUGCCUAUGGGCACAAAAAAAAAGAUUGUCCGCAGCUCGCUGCUGUUGUUGCUGCUGCUGUUGAGGCUGCUACUACCGCCGCCCAGCAGACCCGCCCAGCAGAUCCGCCCAGCGACCCCGUCCCGGUCGCAUGCGAAUACGGGCUUGCAUGCCCAGCAUUUGGUCCGUGCCGUGCUGGGCAGCAAUGCACAGCACAGAAGCAGUGUCCCCAAGGGGACAACUGUACUUGGAGUGAGAACUGCCUUGCAGGUGACCAGUGCCCUUCGCGGUGCCCUGCUGGCAACUUGUGCCCUGCCAACUGUCCGGCGGGCGUCAAGUGCCCUGGGAUUCCCCAGGUCCUGUCGCUGCGUGGUGGCCGCCCCCUAGGGGGUGAGCCGAUGGAAGGUCAGGAGUGA